AUGGCUCGCUUUCCUUUUUCCAUGCCCGGCCGCAAGAAGUCGGCCCCCCAGCUUACACUCACCGAGCCCAUGAGCAAGGCGCACCGCGUCCUCGGCGCCACACCGCUCAGCAUCGACACACCGCCUCAUUGCGACGAUAACUCGUCCUCGGGCUUCAGCGACGCAAAUUCAGGUCCCAGGUCUUCGAGCUUUGCGGGAUCCUGGACCCGCGAAUUCGACGACACGCGUGCUCUCGAGACUGCAAGGUCCGACAAUGGCUGGGGAGACGAAUCCGACAUCAUCCCCCACCCAUUACGGGGUGGUGUCGGUGAUUACGCGGACGGCUAUGACUUGGGGAAAUCCGCCGAUUCCAGCAUGAUGCGGACAAGCCGCUCAUCGUCGACGAUUAGGUCGUGGUACGACAGGUCCAAGAUGCCGCUGGCGAUUUCCCAACAGACGUCCUCCUCGGCCAUGGCCAAAGGCGUGCCGACCAAAGCCGAGAGACUUUUGGAUGUCGGAGACUCUCACGCUUCCAGGCCCAAAAAGAAGCCGGGCAAGCUAGAUCUUGCAACCCUCGUUCCGGGACCACGGUUCCCCCCAAGGAGAGGCUCGCUUCCACACGCUCAAGUCGACGAGGCCCUCUUGGGGCCCGGGUACAUGACCAAAUCCCCCGCCAUGUUGACGCCCACGACACCAACAACACGGCGUCUCCAGGGACAUCCGGCCAGGGAAAGCCUCCGCUCCAACGGCGUGAAUGAAGGGUCUAGACCCGCCACCGAGGGAAGCAACCAGUGGGCACCCAACAACGCCCUCAGCGAACUGCCCGGCUUGUAUGACCACUACGAGCAAAUGUCGCUGAGGCAGAUCAUGAAGCACGAGCCAACACCGGAAAUUUCGCUGCCCACCUCGACUGAACAGGGGGCCAAGGCGCAGUCUUCAUCCAAGAGAAGCAGCAAGACAUAUGACUGGCUCCAUCAGGAUCCUAGUCCGGCGACGCCACGGACUGCCAUGUUCACUAAGCCUCUGGAGCCAUCGUCCCCAGUCAACUAUGCUGCCAGCGUAUCCAGCAGACACACGCGGGCGUCCAAGAUGUCCAAGACUGCGGACCAGGGUCUCAACGUCGCCGAUCUCCACCAGACUAGCGUUUUGGUUCUCUCGUCCGACUCGGAAGAUGACAAUGAGGACCUUGCUUCUUCCACGACGACCGCCACGACAGCCGCCACGACCACAACUGCUCCUAAGAGCCCAAUCGCCGUCUCGAUCAGACGACCCUCGACGGUCGAAGACGACCUUUCGUCCUUGGACUCUUCCCACCCGACUUCCAAGAGAGGUCGGGGCAGCGAGAAGCGUUCCAGCAAGUCAAGCAAGCGAACCAGCUUUGCGCCCUCAAAUACAUACAUCAUGGUCCACGAUGGCAAGGAACGAUCCAAGUCACUGCAUACAAGUUCCCGCGCGAACACCCCGCAAGGGAAUACUUCACAAGCCACGAGCCUCUCCUCUCGACGAGCGUCCAUCGCCUCAACGUACUCGGGCAACUCAGCAGUGACUUGGCACAGUCGGUCGGGAUACGUCAAGGAAGCACGAGCAGUAACGAUGCACCGGGCCCGGCGUCCGUCGAUCGUCGACUCGGAACAUGAUGAGCCCCAGUUCGACCACAACGUGUUCCAUCGCGAGUCCUUGUCCGGAUCCGCUCAUCAACUGACGCCUCCUUUGAGCCCUACGUCGGUUGACCACCGCGGCCGAACUGCCCAGUCUUCCAACGACGUACCAGCCAGCCACAGUCGCAUCAUGGCCGUCACGCGCCAGGAGGAACUAUUAUUGGCCGCAUUGCGGCAAAGACAGGACUCGUUUCGAUGCAAUGUUCUCGCGCAACUUCAAGAGAGUCAUGAGGAGGACGAGCAUGACUUGCCAAGGCCACGCAGAGGAUCUCAUUCGGAUCGGCGGUCAAAGGGGCAUCGAAGCAAGACCUCGCAAGGCACAGUCACCGGUCCCACGUUCGACUUCGGCUUUCCCGCGCCCCCCGGCUUUCGGAAUACGCGGGGCGGUCCGGUCGAGAAUAAAUCAGAUCGCCAUAGGUCUACCAGCCGUGGCUCAUCAAGCCGCCAGUCAAACGGCCGCCGCUCGGCAGUAACUCCGAGUCCGGAGGCACACAACUACGAUGUCGGGGCCUUCGCUCCGGCGCCCGGGCCUCGGGGUAUACCCCGCAAGGGCAGUGCAGGCUCGUUUGGGCAAGUGGAGGAGAUGUCGACCUAUUUCGACGACAUGGAACCGAGCCCAGAUAUGAGCGACAUUCAAGACUGGGACAACGCCCUGUCUGCAGGGUCUGAUGAUCCUAUCGUUGACAUCCCUUGGCCCAUGCACCACCAGGAGACGGCGAGCAAGCAUCGCAACCAUGGCCCGUCGGCGGGCCUGCAUUGCAUGCCGCGCAGAGACAGCCUCAUACGCCCGGGUGGCGAGCCGUUGGCGGGCGUGGAGGAAGAAAACAGCGAAGCCGAUGAGGACUUGCCCCGACCAGACAGCCCCAUCUCGCCGGAUUCCUUCCCCGCCGUGCCGGAGAAGAGGAUGACUCGCAGCAACAUGGUACGCCUUAGCGCAGUCGGGUCAGGCGCGCUCGGCGGCGUUGGGCUCGCUCACAUGAGUGAGCUGGGCUGGUGGGGAGACGAAGACUAA